CUGCUUCUCCUUGUAUCUAGCACUUCUAAAAAAUUGAUCCAACAGUUUGAUGUCAUGGUAACCAGUAGGAUUCCCACAUGUUCAUGUUUUUAUUCUAACAUCAAAGUUUUAAGGACAGUAAUGAAAAAAAGUACAAAAAAAGAUGGUGUUGAUUCCUCAAAGAGGAAUUCUAAGAGCAGAAAAGCACAGACCACUGAGAAUACAAAGGAUGCAAGGGCUCUACCAGAAAAUUUGGGGAAAACAUUAAAAUCCAAAACUCUUGAAGAAAUGAUAGCAGCCGAAGGGUCAGUAGAAAAAUUAAUUGGCUCCGAAGGACCUUCUACAUCGGUCAUGGAAUUCAAUGACUUAACACCUCAGGAUCUACAAGAUUCACUUAUUCGUGCAAGAGAAAAUCCUGUAGAGCCAUUCAAAUUUCUCUGUGGAAUUCUGGAUGAUGUUGUUAGCGACCAACACAUCUCUGUAGAAAGUACAAAGGCAACAGAUAUCGAUUUGCAAUUGGCAGCUUUAACAAGAAGAAUAGAGCUGAAUAGAAAUUUGCUGGAUAUGACAAACCAACGCGUAAAAGAAAUCAAUUACUUAACCGAGAAAAAUAAAGUCCUCGCCUCAAGAGAUCUGGCUUAUGACGAAGAAUGCUUCUUGAAACUCAAAGAAGCAGGUGAUCCGGGCACCACAGAAUCUGUACCGGAAACUGUUCAUCCCGGCAUUGACGAAUUACGUCGCACUAUGGAUCAAACGCGAGAGAUGCUGCGUCAUGUAAAAAAGAUUUCAAACAGGGAGAUGAAGAUUGAGGAUCUACCACAGGAUCUGGUAAAUCACAUGUCUCCCAGCAAGAAAACCUCUAAGGAAUUCAAAUUGGAGAAUACAAAAUUUAAAGACAAAAUCCAAAAUCAAUCGGUGGCGCCCGUAAGAUGUACAUGAGCGGUGCGUAGAGGAAAUUCAAAAGGGCUAUCCCGAAGAGCAUCCACUCGAAACCGAUACUGUUCACUAAGGUCCCGCUGACGGCUGGUCCUGUCAAUUAAAUGAAAAAUAAUUUAAUUUGACCUUAAUAUGGCGAGCGAAUAAUUCAGGAUAUUUUAACAUGAACAUGAGCAUCGGUGGUUCAGUGGUAGAAUGCUCGCCUGCCACGCGGGCGGCCCGGGUUCGAUUCCCGGCCGAUGCAAAUUAACUUUUUUUUUUUAAAUUUAAGUAAAGUAAUACCUCAAUACCAUACUGUGUACUUUAGUUCUUUUCGAGAUUUAUUUAUCCAAUUAGUACUUGGUUUACGUUUCCACAAUUAUUUUCUCUUACGUAACUCACUUCGCAGCUACUCAUUACCUACGUGGAGUAGGUAAUGCAGACAUCGAUAUGUGUCUUGGUGUCCAUGUGAUUGAAGGAUUCGGUAACAUCGAAACGAGGAGAAGAACCGCAGCCAUACUCCAUAAAAUCGGAAUUCUAACUUGGAAGCUAAUGAAAGAUCGGCAACAAACGCGAGAGAAAGCCCAACAAGUCAUUAUAGACAGGCCAAAGUGCUGGGAGUGUGUAUGGGACAAAUCCAAGACGGAAUAAAUCCAAAAGUGGAAGUAGGAGGACAACAGACUUUUGGUAGGAGAGGAUGACCACUUGGAAACAGGAGGAAACAGACGAUCACGGCUAUCGGAGGCAGUGAGACGUGUUAGUGCCUCGGAGCCGCGAAACUUGUGUUUAUACACCUUUUAAAAAUUAAUAACGAUCUCCAAGAGCGGACAGAAACACGAAAGAAAGCCAGAAAAAGAACAUUAAGACUAGACAAAGUGCUUGGAGUGUGUAUGGAUAAACGAAAUAAGUGCAUAAGUGGAUUGGAAGAUAAGGGACUUUCGAAGGGAAGAUAAAGGAAAAAUGGCCGCAUGGAAGCAGGAGGAAACCGAUGCAAUAAAGAGGUAUGUAUUUCGAAGGGCACAAUGGGCCAGUAACAACGAAAAACCAUGACGCUCUCAAAGUAAUUUUUUCAGGAAGAUCGAUCGCAGCAAUUAAAAAGAAAAUACUGCAAAUUCGAGAACACCCGAGGGAACGACGGUCCCUCGCCACGUGGUUGUCUGACGAGUUCAGACGAUUGCAAGAAGAAUGUGCACGAGCAGCAGGAAAAGCUGACGAAGAAAAACUACAAGCAAUCGUCUACAAGUUCUCAGGAAGAUCGACAGAAAGCAUGGCCGCACAAUUACGAAAUAAAACCCCGGAGAUUUAUUAUGGCAGACGAUCCACGUGAGGUGAGAGU